UUAUAUAACCAUAUCCUUUAAAUCCUUCUCUCAACAAAAAUUUGUGACUAAGAACCUAACAGAUUUUUUUAUAUAUUUUGUGUUUGAUUUUUUUAAUUUUAAAGAAUUUGAUAUGGAUUAUGAAGAUCAAGAGGAGCAUGACGAAGGAGAAGAAGAGGAGGAGGAGAUGGUGAUUCCGGCGAGUUACGACUCGUCUUCACGGGUUAAAAUGACAGCAAACUCAGCUGAUCAACAAGCGCCACCUGGAGGAACACCGCCGCCGCCACUAAUAUUGAAGGCGAGAUAUAGAGAGUGUUUAAAGAACCACGCGGUGGGCCUCGGCGGACACGCGGUGGACGGUUGUGGUGACUUCAUAGCUGCCGGUGCUGAAGGUACACUCGACGCGCUGAAAUGCGCAGCUUGUAACUGUCACAGAAACUUCCACCGCAAAGAAUUCAACGACUCACCGCCGCCGCACGGCGGUGAGCUAUUCUUCCACCACCCACAUGCUGCAGCUCACCAUAUCCACCACCACCAGGUCCCACAAUUCACAUCCUAUUACAGAACGCCAGCUGGAUACCUCCACAUGGCUCCACCACAGCAGAGGCCAUUAGCAUUGCCGUCAACAUCCGGGGGAGGUCAGAGUAGGGAAGAUCAAGAAGAUGUUUCAAACCCCAGCGGCGGAGGUGGAGGAGCGUUCGGUGGCGGUAGUGGCGGAGGAGGCUCGUCGCGAAAAAGAUUUAGAACUAAAUUUAACCACGAGCAAAAAGAAAAAAUGUUGGCGCUGGCUGAGAGACUGGGAUGGAGGAUUCAGAAACAUGACGAGGCUGUGAUUCAGCAGUUCUGUAAUGAAAGUGGAGUGAAACGACAUGUUCUUAAGGUUUGGAUGCAUAACAAUAAGCACACUCUUGGUAAGAAACCCUAGAAAUAUAUUCAAGAAACUGAUAUGAAACUUAUUAUUAUUAGGGUUUUUGUUUAAGAUUCAUGUUGAUGGGUAGCUUAUUUUCUUUCAUUUCAGUGCCAUUUUAGAUUCUUAUGA